CCCUUCUCCGCGGACGCCCGGCCGCUCGCUCGCCGCCGAGCCGGGCCCCCGGCGAUGCUCUGGAUCCCACCUCCCCCGGGAGCUGCGCAUUUCCGCGCGCCCGGGCGGCUCCGGCUCCGGCCGGCCCUCGCGGCCGCAGCCCGCGCUCCGCGUCCCCGGGAAGUUGUCUCCGGAGCCCGCGGCGCCUGGGUCUCCUCCCCCUGAGCCCCGCCCCCCCGCCCAGAGCUGGAUCUGCGAGCUGCCCGGCCCGGGGGCGUCGCCGCUUGCUCCGCGAAGCCUGCGAGUCUCCGCUGCCCUGCGCGGAGCGCGCGUCCCCUGCCUGGCCGGGGACCCCCCGCGCACCCCCGAGACGGCGCGCGCCCAGAGCGCGGGAGCCCGGAGCGCCGGGCGCCUGGGACCCCGCGGAGCCGCUGCCCAGCCCGCGGGGCUCGUCAGGGAUGCAGGCUGCGCUGUGAGCCCGGGCGCCAAGGCCAUGUCCGGCGCCCGCUGCCGGACCCUGUACCCCUUCUCCGGGGAGCGGCACGGCCAGGGACUGCGCUUCGCCGCGGGCGAGCUGAUCACGCUGCUGCAGGUCCCGGACGGCGGCUGGUGGGAAGGCGAGAAGGAGGACGGGCUCCGCGGCUGGUUCCCGGCGAGCUACGUGCAGUUGCUGGAGAAGCCUGGAAUGGUACCCCCUCCGCCCGGAGAGGAGAGCCACAUUGUCAUCCUUCCACCUGGCUGGCAGAGCUACUUGUCUCCCCAGGGCCGGCGCUACUAUGUCAACACGGCCACCAAUGAGACCACCUGGGAACGUCCCAGCAGUUCUCCUGGGAUUCCAGCCAGCCCUGGCCCUCACAGGAGCUCUCUGCCUCCAACAGUGAAUGGAUACCACGUGUCAGGGACCCCAGCGUACCCUCCCGAGACUGCCCACAUGAGCGUCCGAAAAUCCACCGGUGAUUCCCAGAACCUGGGAUCCUCCUCACCAGGCAAAAAGCAGAACAAGGAAAACACCAUCACGAUAAACUGCGUGACGUUCCCUCACCCAGACACGAUGCCAGAGCAACAGCUGCUGAAACCGACCGAGUGGAGCUAUUGUGACUAUUUCUGGGCUGAUAAGAAGGACCCCCAGGGCAAUGGCACGGUGGCUGGGUUUGAGCUCCUGCUUCAGAAGCAACUGAAGGGCAAGCAGAUGCAGAAGGAAAUGUCAGAAUUCAUCCGGGAGAGGAUAAAGAUCGAAGAGGAAUAUGCGAAAAACCUAGCUAAGCUCUCUCAGAACUCGUUGGCUGCACAGGAGGAAGGGUCCCUGGGAGAAGCAUGGGCCCAGGUGAAGAAGAGCCUCGCGGAUGAGGCGGAAGUCCAUCUCAAGUUCUCCGCCAAGCUGCACAGCGAGGUGGAGAAACCCCUGAUGAACUUCCGAGAGAACUUCAAGAAGGACAUGAAGAAGUGUGACCACCACAUCGCAGACCUCCGCAAGCAGCUGGCCAGCCGCUAUGCCGCGGUAGAGAAGGCCCGGAAGGCCCUCACGGAGCGGCAGAGAGACCUGGAGAUGAAGACCCAGCAGCUGGAGAUCAAGCUGAGCAACAAGACGGAGGAGGACAUCAAGAAGGCACGGAGGAAGUCUACACAGGCUGGGGAUGACCUCAUGCGCUGCGUGGACCUCUACAACCAAGCCCAGUCCAAGUGGUUUGAAGAGAUGGUGACCACCACGUUGGAGCUGGAGCGGCUGGAGGUGGAGAGGGUGGAGAUGAUCCGGCAGCACCUGUGUCAGUACACACAGCUGAGGCACGAGACGGACAUGUUCAACCAAAGUACAGUUGAGCCUGUGGACCAGCUGCUUCGAAAAGUGGAUCCAGCCAAAGACAGGGAGCUGUGGGUCCGAGAGCACAAGACAGGCAACAUCCGCCCCGUGGACAUGGAGAUUUAGAUGGGCACGCACGGCCCCGGGGGGUCCUGCCGAGGAGAGGGGCUGGGGGUCCCAUGGAGAGGAGGUGGCCGCGCCCGCCACGGGGCCCGCUGCCGAGUACACCUGCCCUCCCACCCACUGUCCUGGUCCUGGUCCUGGUCUGCCGAGCCGGGGUGAUUCCAGAAGGGAGGCCCUGCUGGGAGCGGCCAGUGCGCCCAGGCCGAGAAGACGGAUCCACAGCCCCGCCCUUGUCCCCAAGGCGGAAGCCCCCCGACUCCUGCGCUAUGUUUGCUGCACCAGGGACACACUGAGGCUGGAGCUUGGUGGUCCCUGCCGAGCCCCGCAGGGGUCACCUCCCCACCCAGAGCCAGCCGCGUCACCCACGUGUGCCCCUGGAAGCCCCGAGGCCCUCUGUCUAGCUGGUCCCCUGUGUCCUGGGCUUUGGAUGGUCGUAGGGGAAAGGUCCCUGUCUCCAACCAAGUAUCACGAUCAGAAUUGUCGCAGGAAGGCACCGCUCAGCUCAACAGCCCCCCCAACCCAGAAUUCUUUGCAGCCCAGCCCACUCUCUUCUAUUUUUUUUUUUUUCCUGUCGCAUUCUGGGAGCUCACUUCCUGGCUCUUGGCCCCUUUUCCAUCAUCUGGGGUCUUGGGAAUAAGGCCUGGCCCCUCUCCGUGCAGUCGGACCCUGCCUGGAGAGGUCGGGCUGGCACUACCUCAUUCAGCACAAGUCGGAGUGUUGAGUCACGUCUCACGCUAGGUCAGGCAUCUCCUGUCAAGUCUCCCGGCUGGAGACCCCAUUCCAUCCCACACUUCCCUGCUUCCUCAGGGAGGCUCCCGCUGCCCACCCCUGCCCCCGUCCCAGGCUCCUCACGGGGCUGGCCCAGUCCCCUGUGGGAGACGGGUUGGGAUGGCUCUCGGUCACCCCUGCCCAUCCCCCGCAGAGAGCUCCAUCUGCUUGUGUUUGGGGCGGUGGGGGGGGGGGUUCCCCGUGUGGCUUUCUCUCCCUGGUGGGCAUGGCACAGGGAGGACAGGCUCUCACGGUCUCCACGGGGUGUCCCCUUCCAAGCCAGUGUCCUGCCACCCCAGCCUCAUGUUGUCCUGCACGUUCCGGAGCCCCGCACGGAGCCCUGCUUGGUGCUGGUACCGCCUUCCCCUUUCCCCACCUCCUCAUUCCUGGGAAACGCGGAUCUGGGCGGGACAUGAGAAGCAUUCAGGACACCGCUCAUCAGUCCCUCCCUUUAUAGAAACACAGCAAACCCCGCUCUCCACCAUGUCCAACCCUGAGAAUCCACACCAAGGGACCUGAAGAAGUGGUGACUCCCCAGUCCCCGCCCACACCUCACACCCCGAAGGUGGUCACUUGGCCAGCAGGGGACAGAUGCUAGCCCAGAACCCACGCCCUGAGAACCCAUCCUUCUUCACUCAUCUUUCCCCUUGAGGACUUUGGACGUCCAGCACCCAUACGCCCCCUACAAGGGUAGGGUCCUAAGAGCACAACUUCUGGGUCCCUCGGUCUUCAUGCCAGGAGUUGGUGAUUCACUCAUCUGGGGUCUUUUGUCACCUUGUUCUUUCUCUGAGACAGAAUUAGGCUCUCACAGUUUAGAAAGAUGCCCGGUAUCCUAGAGUAAGCCACACUUUGUCGCUUGUCCUGUUGAACCAUCCCAACCAAGAAGGUCAGUGUGGAGGUUGGAUCUGUCCCUGGCAGGAAGGACCGCUCCUUCGGGAUUGGGGGUUGGGCCAUGACACCAGCAACCGAUUUUAGGAUGUUCUGUCUUGAUUUGUCUAUGAACAAUGAGUGCUGGUAGGAAUUGCCUUGUGACCGAGUGGACUAAUUUGUGGGUGAUUUUCAAGUGUUCAAAGCCAAUAGCCUUGUUACUAACAUAGAUAUUUUGAGUGUGAUAUGGCUCGUUGGUUUUUUUUUUUUCCUCACUCCCUUGCGAGGAUUCCCGAGUCUUCUGGUCCUCCCUGAGACAGGGGGGAGGGGGCUCUCUUGCCUCUCCAGGGGAACCUGAAUUGGCCCAGUGUGGGUUUUCUGAAGUCGUUCUUUCCCCACCUCCUAACCCCCCCCCCCGCCUGAGCUCAUUAGCCUCCUCACAUUAUUUUCUUUUUUCUCUGUGCUCCUUCCUUCAUCAAAGAGCUUAGUGGGCUCUGGGGACAACACAGGGCAGGGGAAAGCCCAGCAUCUCUCCUUUCUGCAUAGACGUAUGUUUUCUCCGGGAGUCUGGCAGGUCAGUAACCUUGACCUUCAUGUACGAGCGUUCUUUGCAAAGUUGCCGUUUCUAGGGAUUCUCUCUGUUGGGCUGGUAGACCUGCAUUCAUUUGUUCGUCCACUGAGCAGAUGCUGGAGUCAAGCCAGGCAUCCUGUGGGCACAGAACUGUAGCCACAUGCAGGACACACGCUCUUUCCCCGUCUCCUCUGUUCUCUGUGGAGGUGGGGGCUCUCUAGAUCUCUCUGUGGAAUGGGAGCAUGGCACCCCUUCCACGUUUAACCCCCUCGGAGCCUGUCAUCCUAACACGAACCACCACCGGGUGGUGUUUCCUGGCUGGAUGGAAGGUGGACCCUAAGGAUGGAAUCCCUUGUCCCUCACAGCCUGGAUGCAACUCAGAUCUCAGAUUUCUCUCGUUUCUUUUAAAUAACUCUCCUCACUUGACAGGAAAGAACGAAGCCCAGGGAUGCCCGAUGAGCCCAGGGAGUGAGGAGCAGGGUCUGUUAACGGGGCUCCCACUCUGGGUGAACCAAGACGAGGCUGAGGUCUAGAACAUCCCAGGGCUCCGGAGUAGCCCUGUAUCCAGUUCCUUUAUUCUUGUCAGUGUCGGUGUUCAGGAUAGAAGAGCGUGUGGCCGGGCUUGUGCUGAGUGUCUGGAAUAUUCCGGGCACAUCCGUGGUCCUCUAAGAACAAGUGAGCCCUUUCUUCCUGCCUCCUAUAAGACAUGAUUGCAUUUGAUUUUGGGGGGGGAUAUCUCUAAGAUAAAUGGUGUUCAAAGUGCGUUGGUUGGCGCAACAACCUCCAGGCAAAGCCACUUGUUCCUUCCGUCACUUUUGAUCAGUCUUGCCAAGCCCUGGACGAUCGGACCACGAGGCCAGCUGCCCGUGGGACCACCUUGGGGCCUUCUUUGUGACCCCACCUAGUGCCUGUCGGGCCAGGAGGAUCUCUGCCCAAGGAGGCGCUUCUCCCUGGGGCUGGUUCAUGACCGGAGCGAGCAAAAAAACAGUGUCCACGCUCCCAAACCAGUGGGGAGGACGGCUGUUUCUCUUUCCUUUGUGAAAACCAAUCAAUUACUAGCUUAGUGGAUGGGUACGAAAGAAUUUUGGCGGAACCAAAGUCCCUUCUUGGAAAUACAAGCCAUAAACUUCAAAGGACGUCCAAGACUUUGGCUUGUUGAUGUGAUUUUACUUCCAGCCGUGAGUGGCCUUGACAGGGAGAGUUUAAACAGGAUUCUUCAGACCCGCUGAUGGUUAGGUAGGUAGGGAAAGCACUUGAGGCGUGUUAAGUGGGGUACAGACCAGCGUAUCCCCUGAAUCCUCCCGCCCCUCCCAGACCUACCACCUUGGUUUUUUUGGUUUUGUUUUGUUUUUCAGAUUGAGCUUUUUAAACAUACAGUAUUAAAGUUUACUGACCUAGGGUGGAAUGCACCCUACUGUAUAGGGUUCCGUGAAUUUUGACAACCCUGCAGUCUUAAAACCACCACCGAAAUCAUCAUCCUGUUUCUCUCACGCCUGAAAAUUCCCUCCAGCUCCUUUAAGAGCUGAUCAUCCACACCUGCUCCCCUUCCUGCCCCCCACCGGCGGCCCCCAGUGGAUUGUCAGACCCUAUGGGGUUGCCUUUUCUAGAAUGUCCUAUGAAAGGAGCCCCUGAUGUAGCCGUCGAGUCUGGCUGCUUUCCCUUGGCUUCAUGCUUCAGGUCACCCACGUUGUGUGCGUCCCUAGCACGUCCCAUGUCUCGUGGAAUCGCACGCUGUCACACGGGUGAACCACGGGCUUCCUCGCUUGUGAAAUGCGUUGUUUGGCUUGGAGGCUCCGGGCCUGGGGUCCUCGGCUUGUUUGCACGGCUGCUCCCUGUGCUUCCCAAGGCUCCUCCAAUGCCAGCCGUGCCCGCCAUCAUUCUUGGAGCUCACACUUGCCCUCGUGGUUCAUUAUAGGUUUUUGUGCGGAAAAGGGCUGGGGGGCUGGGGGAGGGGUGCCUCCCACUUCUGCUGCAUCCCAAAGCUUGCACCUUGGCUGGUAGCAGCUCACACGGCCUUCGACUUCUACUGAGCCUCAUGAGGGGGGCGUAGAAGGUGAAUGGGCAGAGUGCGGGUGGAAACACAGAGGGCAACCUUGGGCUGGCCGUGACUUCUCCCCGGAUCUCUGUUCCUCCAUCAGCAGGCCGCAGCUGUGCCUUCUGGUGUCCCCAGUCUCCUCCAGCUACUGCUGUCCCUCCUCCCCUUCUCAUUCUCCAGGUCUGUACCCGACACUAUCAUGCCUGCCCUGAGCCCCAUCGGCAUGCUUGUGCAUGGUGAUGUCUGAAGCCCUCCCUAGAGGGAUCCCCUGGUGCUUCUCUCGUUUAGACAUGAAUGGAGCUAAAAUUAAGAGUUUCCCGAGCUGUUGAGAAUGAGGGAGUUCUGCCUAGGGCCCUGAAAGGAACACUUGUACGUCAUUACCUUCAGGGUCUCCCCGCCAACCCCGAUCUUAGAUCUCAUGUCCUGAGGUCUAUUUCAAAGGACCAAGGCAAGCAGGAUGGAGACAGAGCCUCUUCCCGUGAGCUUCUUGGCACUGCUGGACCCUUGCUGAGCUGGUGGUCACACCGAGCCAAGCCUGUGCCUGCAGCCCCCGGGACGGGGAGGGAGCGGCCGAUAGUGGCAGAGAUGAGCCCGAACCCAGCCAACCGGGCAGGCAAGGAGCAUGAUCUCCCCACCGCCAGGUGACAACUCCUCCCAAUCGGGUCUUGAUGGUGUCCUGCUAGAGGAGAGGUGAGCCCUUGGAGGCAACCAGGUAGCCCUCCGAGCCAACGGAAGACAUUCCUGGGGUCAGGCCAGGCGGGGAGGGGUGGGCCGUGGAGCCCAAGUCUGCGGGACCCCGUUCUUGGGCACAUCUGAGUUGAGUUUUGCCAGGGAUGAUUCUUGGCCCCCACCCCCAUGGGAGUAUUACUUCUGUCUGGCCUUUUCCUGAAGGUAAAGGACGCCCCUCCUGCUGCAGCAGGUCUGGGUGAGAAUGAGGUGACAGAAACGGAUGUUUUGUUUUCCCUAACCCUUUUCAUGCUGGGGCUUAGAAAAGAGUCCUUGUUGGGAGGUGCCUCUGAGGGGGCUGGGGGCGUCUUUGGGUCUUUCUUUGGGUGUGGUUUGGGGGACGCUGAUCCCUUGUGUUGGAGGGGCAGUCCUAACAGGAUAGCAGUUCUGGGUCUCCAGAGGGUCUGGGCACACAGGUGCCAUCAUGGGGAUGGAGACGGAAAGCAUUCGGCGCCAGGUUAAGAGCACUGGUCUGUCCCGGGUCCACCACCUCGUGGAUCCUGUAACCCAAAUUAAAGUCACAUUCCCUCCCGGGACCUCCUUACUCCCUCUGUCUGUCAAGUAAGCGGAGACACGCCCUUUCCAGCAUCACACACAGCAGACCAGCUGCUGGGAGCUGUGGUCUCCAGGCAGCCGUGUGGACCCAGGAACAGACAUUCAAAGGGACACCAGCCAUCCUUGGCGACUGGGUCCCAAAUUUGCAUCUCUUCCCUUCCCUGAGGAAGGAGAUGAUAGCGGGGUGGGGUAGGAGGGUAGGGGGGCAGUCCUUUCACAGACGAGCACAUCAGCAAACCCUACGACAGUGGGAUUUUCUAACAAAAUAAACUUGCUUAUUUGGUCUGUUUUCUGUAACUUUUGCUAAAUACUUUAUACAUUUUUAAUGUUAAAAAAGCCGUGUCUCCUGCCAGCAUUCCUCAUCCCGGUAUGAAUGUGUUUACUCCACAUUGUAUAUCUUUCCACCCUCUGGCUGCCUAGAUCAGUAAAUAAAAUUGAUGUACUAUAAUUUA